GCCCGUGCGGCUGGACGACGAGCCGGCGGCGGCGGCGGCGGCGCCGUCGUCGCCGUCGCAGUUCGCGGCGGCUGAGUCGAUGUUGGCGUUCCUCGAGCAGCGGCUGUUGCCACAGCUGGGGGCCGUGUUGCCGCUGCCGGAGGGCGUUCACAGCGUCGGUCUGCAGGCUGCUGGCAGCGCCGCCCAAGUCGCCGUACUUUCCGCCGGCGGCCGUUUGACCCCGCUGCCCUGUCCCGCGGCCAUGCCGCAGGCGGCGGCGGCGGCGGCGUCUCCGCCACCUGCCAUUGUUUGCGUCAGCCCCUGCUGCGUGCUGUUGAGCCAUGCCGGCGAGGAGUUCGCCGGCCCCGCCGCCGCCGCUGACGUCAUCAGCGGCAGCUCACGUGAGGGCCUCCAACGCAGCGGUGAAGUUCUGACGCUCACGCUGACUCUUGCUGCCGUUGCCGGCGGCGGCGGCGGCCGCCUCCGGCAUCCACAGCAACUGUACGGCAACAUAGACGGCGGCGUCGACAGCAAGACAGCGACAGACUCUCGGGUGCGACUGUUCGCACGUCACUGCGGCCGGUGUCUACCCAUUGUCGCACGUCCUCUGGUGGCCUCAGCCACAGCAGCAUCCUCCCCCUCUCCCUCCAUGGCCUCCUCAUCGUCCUUCACACUAGAGAUUCCCACAGCGGGUUUGCGUCCUGGCGUGCUUCUGCUGGAGGCUGCAUGGGAGGACGACGACGGCGGAAGCGGCGAUGCCGUACAAUCAGCGGUGGCGGCGGCGGCGACGCCGUCGCUGUCGCUAUCCAUGCCUUGGCCGGUGCUGGUGUUGGGCGAUGCAGCUCUGGCGGAGGAGGUUUCAGAGCUCCAGUCGCAGCUGGAGUCGACAGCGCCGCUGCGAGCCGCCAUGCAGGCGGCGGAGGCGGAUCCAUUCUUUCAGGAAACCCAGGCAUGCCAGCAGCAGGCACAGCAGCAGCAGCAGCAGUUGGACGGGGGUGCUUUGUCGGUGCUUCUGGAUCUGGGUGUCUGGUUUGAGGCGGUGGGCAUGCCGGAUGUGGUGGCGAUUCCAGAAGACAUGUGUCAGGGGGCCGCCAAUGAAUGGAAAGUGGACGGCAGCGGAUACGACGGCAGCGGUUCUCCAGAGCGGUAUGCAGCUACUGCUGCUGCUGCUACUGCCGCUGCUGUUGCAGCUGCUGCGAACUCGCCCUUCACCCAUUCCCGCACGCACCGCCCGCAGCGCACCAAGCAGCGCCAAGCAGCAGGCAGCUCAGGCGGCAACAGCUGGGAUAACAGCUGCCUUGGUGGUGGCGACGAUGAUGAGGAUGUUAAGAUCGUUCCUGAAAGCAGCAACAUGAGCCGACCGCGGUCACAGCAACCCGCAGCUGCUGUUGCUUCUCAUGCUGCAAUCCUGCCCGGCAGUUUGGAUUGUACGGCGCAGUACGAACGGCACUUUCGCAACGGUUCCGUACUGCAGUCAACCGUCUCCGCUCUGGGUCUGCGCCUGUUGCGGUUUGCGGUGGCCCGUGGCUGGUCGGCGACCUCCGAACUGCUGUUGCAGGGCCUUAUGGUGCACUGUCGGCUGUCCUUCCAAGCCAUUGCGACACUCUUCCCCGCAGCAGCAGCCGGCAACGGCGGCGACGCCGGCGGCGGCAUGCCGCUGCUUCACACCGCUGUUAGCUCGGGUCGGCUGGCCAUGAUUCGAGCCGUCAUGUCCUGGGGUCGUCGCUCCAGGUGCCCCUUUACGUGGGACAAGACUGCCUCCGCUGGCGGCGCCGCCCUCGCCGACGGCGGUGACGUCAGCAACGGCGGCGGCGGACUGACGCCGCUGCACCUAGCGGCAGUGCAUGAAGACGGCGGCGCGCUGGCGGCUGCAGUACGGUACUUGUGGCCGGAGACGGCGGCGCUGUGGGCGGCGGUACGGGAUGCUGAGGGAAGGACGCCGGAGGACUAUGCGGCGAGCAUGCGCGAGCUUGCGGAGGCGGAGGCGGAGGCGGCGAUGGCGGUGCAGUUACAGGUGGCUGUGGCGGACAUGGGGGCACUGGCAGUGCGGGCGGAGGAAACGGCGGGGCAGCCCAACAGGGCGGAAGGGGCAGCUGCGGCGGCGGAGCCGUUUGUUGCCACAGCAGAAGCAGCAGAAGCAGCAGCAGCCAGCGCUCACAGGGGCACCGGUGGGUGCAAUGCUGCGGUAGCGGAAGCAGUCUGCAUGGCGCCUGAGCCAGCGGCCACUUCCUUCCUGCAGCAGCAGCAGGAAGCACUGCCUCCCUCGCUGCUGCUACAGCAGCCGCUGCCACCCCUGCACCCUGUCCCAACGCCGCCUCCGCCGCUGCAAUCUCGCGCCCUUCUGGACCUGCUAGCUGGCUUCAGCGGCGGUGCCUUCAGUGGCAGCGUCCGCGUCAGCGGCAGUGGCGGAGCCUUUAGCGGCGGCGGCGGCGGCGGCAGUAGCUCCCAUGGCGGUGCAUGCAGCUUCGGCGGCAGCCUAGAAGGAGCCGCGCUGCUGACCCCCAGUGACAACACCACCAGCAGUGUCUCCGGCACCGACCCGCCCUCCUGCCUCCUCCUGCGCUCGCCGCAGUUGCUGACGGCACCAGGCGGGUUUCAGAGCGGGGGCCUUAUCGGCGGCGGUGGUGGCGGCGGUGGUGGUGGCCGACUCCAGGGCGGCUGUCAGGGACUGCUGAUGUCGUCUCGGGGACUGCUGCAGCCGCCGAGGGGAGGGCUGCUGCAGGGGCCCCAGCCGGGCGCAGGAGGGCUGCCGGCUGAGCUGCGGGCGCUACAGCAGCAGCCCGGUGGGGGUGGGGGCGGUGACGUUGGGGUCCGCCUCACGGCGGGUCUGAGCGGGCUGUCAGCUCUGGCGGCUGCUGGUAAUGCCGCUGCCGCUGCUGGCGGGAUGCAGAGAUGCAUGUCAGAGGUGGAAAGGCUGGAUGACGACUGCGGCAGCGCCUCCGCGGGGCCCGACUCCCAGUGGUCUCGGAGCACCACCGCCACCGCCACCACAGCGGCAUACUGCCAGGCGGGUGCUCUUCCCUCGGACAUCCCCCCGUCCCUGCACGCUCCGCCUCCGUCCUCCCUCCGACCCUCCGGCAUCCGGACAACCGCAGGCACCGCAGCAACCGCCAUCUCAACCGUCCAUUCCAUGUCCGUUGCCGCCUCCGCCGCCACCACUGCCGCCUCCGCCGCCACGUCCUCCGGUCUGCUGCCGUCGCUUUCUGCGCUACCGCAAGACGGCCCCCCGCCCGGCGAGCCCGCAUGCAAUGAUGGUGCGUUCCUACCUGUAGUGGUUCCCGGGGCAACCUCCAGCAGCAGCAGCAGCAGCUUCACAACUGCAGCAGCAGCAGCCGGAGCCGCACGGGCAGCAGGAGGAGGAGCAGCUGGAGCAGUAGCAGCGGCAGACGCAUCGUACAUGCUUGGCUUGCUGGGUCGGGCUGCGGUGGACAUGGCAGCGAUAGCGCCUGUGGCGUCGGCACCUGCACCAACGGCACAAACAGCACCGGCAGCAGUAGCGGUUAAGAGCAGCGCUGAGGCACCUUCAGUCAUGGUGGCUUUUCCAGGCAGCCCCAUCACUGCAGGCUCCUAUGAUACGUUUCUGCGGGAUUGGGGCAGCGGCCUGGAGGCAGGGACGUCGGCGGGUGGCGGAAGCGGUCAUGUUGGUUCGUCGACAGCAGCGGCGGUAGACGGGUCGACACCGCCGCCACGGAAGGCCGUUGUACGGAAUGUCCUGACGGCGACGCCGCCGCAAGCCGCCGUCGGCGCAAGCGGCAUGCGGAUUGCCUUUGUAGGCGGCAGCGGCAGCUCUGGAGGCGGCGGCGGAGGCUGCGGCGGAAACGCCGGCAGCGGAUCCACUGCGACUGUCGUACAUGCAGAGCAGCAACUAGCAGCAGCGGCGGCAGCGGAGGCGGCUAGGCAGGUUAACAUUGUGGGAAGCGUCCAUGUUGCACCACUGGGACCUGCCUUGUCUUCGUCACGGUCUCCUCGCUGUGCUGCUGGCAGCGCGGCAGCGGCCGGGGUUGCCAGGCCCUCUCCAGCAGCCGCUCCGGAACACCCGCACCACUUUGCUGACGACUGGCAAACCCACCUGGCACUAGCGACUGCGUCGUCGUCGUCGUCGACGUCAGCGGCGGCGGCGGUAACCGCAAGGACGAUGACGGCGGAUGAGGCGGCGGCGGCGGCGGCACCGGUCCAUACUGCUUGUCUCACCGGCUCCUAUCCUGUCGGGGGAUCCGUUUCCUCAAGGCCCCGCCGCCUCGCCUACGCCCAGGACUAUGCGCCCUUGGGUCAUCAUCAAAGCAGCAGCACCAGCAGUGCUGCCAUCACGACCGCUGCCGCUGCUGCUGCCUCCACCGCCGCCGCUGCUGUUUUUCCCUUCGCAGCGGCGCCAUUGCGGCCACCGCCGGUAGCAGCAGCAGCCACGGCGGCACCCAUCGCACCAGCACCAGAAGCAGCAUCCCAGCCACCCUUCACCACCACAGUGGGGCCGCCCAACGACAGCCCCCGCCAGCAUGUCCCGCAGGGCCGCGGGGAGCUGCCGCCGCCGACGACGACGACAUCGUGUCAGCCGUCGCAGCGGGUGCAACCCCAGCUAUCGCAGCCGCCGCACGCUGCCCUACCAUGUGGUAGUGCUGUUCGCACGCCGCCGCGCUCAGGCAGCAGCAACGAUGCUUCUGCUGCUGCUGCGGCGGCGGCGGCUGCAGCCCCUUCCGCCCGGCGCCCUGCGGCCUCAUCGGUCCAACAGACCUCAUCAGCAGCUUCAUUCUCAGCACCAAUCUCAGCAGCAGCCCCUGUCCCGGUGGCGGACCUAGCAGCCCCACCACCAUCAUCCGACACACCGGUCCCUGCUGUCGUCGCAUCGGCUCCCGCCCCAACAGUCCCCACUGCUGCAACCAGCUGUUGGCAUGGGCCAAACAUUGCGGCUGCUGCUACUACCAACUGCUGGGCUGCUGCUGCUGCUGCUGCCGCCGCUUCCCCGGCCCCAUCUGCUGGUGCGCGACUGCUGGUGCGCGGCGAGCAGCACCCGCCGGCUCACUCCCCCGCGCUGCCCGCAGCGGCUCACUCCACAAGAACUCCUCAGUCCGCUUCGACAACCGUGAAGUCCUCAACGGUGGCUGAGCCCUCCGCCGUAGCGCCCCUUGUUGUUGCUGCUGCUGCACAUCCGCCUCCGUGCUCAGUCACGCCUGCUGCUCCCACAACCGCGCCCGCGGCGCCGAGGCAGCUAGGAGGAGAGGAGGGUGGGCACGAUGGGGCCCUGCGUCCAGCUCCGUGGACGGAAGGAGGAGCUGCGGAGGCAGCAACGGGCGUGCCUCCAUCGCGGCUGGGCGCCUCACCGCCGCCAGCUCUGAGGACGGCGAAGCCGUCGUCGCUGCUGUUUUACAGUCACGCUGUUCCGUUGUUGGUGCUGCUGCUGGCGCUGCUGGUAGCUGCAUUGGUGAGGGCAAACACAGUGUGAGGCCGGCUAGUGGGAGCAUGUAAAGGAAACUGGCCGCGAGUAGGAACGUACUGGAUCGUCGGAAGAUGAAGAUGUCCGCGUGUGUCGGCAGGGGCGAGAUGGCGUGGUGGGGGCGGAGCGCCGGCGUACGGUUGGAACUGUUGACGUCGCAUCGGUUUGCCGUACAUGGCAUUGUUGUUGUUUGCAUGGUAUUGUGCUUGUUGUCGCAUAUAUGAAUAACGCCGAGUGCUAAACGAGAAAUCUGCGAGGUCGCAAGCCCGCUGGUUUGGGCCAAUCAAGCCUAGGGUGUAGCUGCCAAAGGAGGGUGCACGUGCGCGAGGAAGGGGGUGCCUGGAAGGCGGAGACGGAGGAAGAGGACAUGCAAACCAGCAAGCGGCCUAGCAAAGCGUUUACGGAACAACGACCGCGAGCGAGAGGGGUUUAUGCCAGAAGAGAAUAAAGAGAUAAAUUGCUUGGGCUUGACUGGAUAGGCAGAUCUAUAGAUUGUUCGCUGGAUUGUGGAUUGAAGCAGCUGCGUCGUGCACUUUGCUUGUAUGCUUUCAUAUUGCCUUGAGCACCUGCCAAGAUUCGGAAUUGCUUUCAAAUGCUGCGUGCUCUGCUGUGCGCUUACACGCGCACAUCUAGCGGCUAUAGUCCUUUCUCUGCCGUGCAUACAUCGCAGCUCAGCCCUAUUGGUACGUGCGCCCCUUCUCUGCCGUACGUUUGCGCGUUUAUGCGGCGCGACUCGUACAUACGCGUUGUCGCCCUCGGAUGUCGGGAUUACGCAGCUUCGUGCUCAUUUUUUGGAGGUGGGGGCGGGGGGCUGUGUCGAGAGGGGGGCUGUGUCGUUAGAGCCCGACUUCAGUGCGCAUGGUGCGCACCGGCGGUAGUGUUUGGCGUGGCUUGCACUCAUGCGCGGUUAGGGUCAUGAUCGCGAGGUACCAGGGAGCGGUGGUUAAUUUUCCUUCGUUGUUGUUACCAUGCUGGGUUGCACUGGGAACAUUGGAAACUGCAGAAGCUCGAUUUGACUGGUCUGGUCAGUAAGCGCGUUUGUUGCUGGCAGCGGCAUAGUGCCAUAGGUAAUAGUCGUCUGUGGCCAUCGAUUGCGCACUACAUGGCAGCAUUUAGGGUUUAGGGUCCAGCCAGUGCUCAGUCACAGGAAUAAAAUGCCAACGGCGACAGGGCUUGCGGCGGGUCGCUUGCAUUGAUUGGUUUUGCUGGUAAAUUGCAGCGGAUGAAUACGAAUAUUUGACCUUUUCACUUGUUGGCUGGUUCGUGAGAGACCCCUCACGCAAACCUGCUUUGUUAGUCGUACCGUACUGGCCGUUUAAGCCAAUGGUAGGCUGUUGUAUGUCGCUGUGUUGCGCGCGUCACGUUCCUUUGUCCAUCACAUGCUCGAUCUCUCAUCGUCCUGGUAACGUCAGACUCGUCUCUCAAACUUUUGACUCGAGGAAUGGGUUGUCCUCGAGCCACAUGCAACACCCGCAUUGCGUAAAAUAAACAAC